AGUUGAGAACUUCUGUCUAAUCUAUAAUGUACUCGUGUCAUCGUCUAGUGAUUGCAUUAAUUACUGUGGUUUAUUUAAUUUUCAUCGAUUCGAAUAUCGUCCAGAGCAUAAAAGUUUGUAGAUCUAUUUCGGACUAUAGCUUACUGAAUAUCGCCAAGAAAAAUUGUUAUGAUGAUCCGGUUACGGAUUUGAAUAUAAGUGAAAUAAUUCGGAGCUGGCCUGGAUUCACAGCCGAAGAACAUUAUCUUACUACUGAAGAUGGGUAUAAAGUAUUGGUGGAGAGGUCCUAUUCCAAAAUCACACAAAAAACACCGAUAAUCAUAGUACAUGGUAUUGCUAUGAGUGCUCUUGGAUGGGUGAACAGAGGAAAUGUAUCAAUAGCUCGUUUACUAGGUGAAUUAGGUUAUGACGUAUGGAUGCUCAACUAUAGGGGCACAUGGUACAGCAAAGGUCACGUGAACUUAACGACCAAUAACCCAGAGUAUUGGAAAUAUAAUGUAAACGACUUGGGUAAUUAUGAUGUGCGGUCAACAGUCCGAAUGGUGUAUGAGCAAACUAAUCGCAAGGCUAUCUACAUUGGAUAUUCCAUGGGUACGACAGGAUUCUUCAUUUACUCCUCAACUUUCCCAAAUGAAGCGAAAAAAUAUACUAAAGGAAUGAUCGGCCUUGCUCCAGCUAUCAAUUUUCGUGGUACCAAAUCAGUGAUCAGAUAUACUUCUCCUGUGUGGCCAAUUCUCAAAAGGGUUAUUUAUUCACUAUGGAAUGGUGAAAUACUACCUGGAUUCUCAGUCCUCCUCAAACCGUUACUGGCGUCUUCAGCUGGAAUUUAUACAAUCCAGAGUGUGGUGAAUCUGAUAUUUGGAGAUGAUUAUGCCCAAAUGGAUCCUUUGCGAUAUCCACAAUUCGUGACGCAGUUGCUUGAUACGGCAGGUGUUGAAGUUUGGAGCCAUUACCUCCAAAUAUACGAAUCUGGUGUAUUCCAGAAUUACGAUUAUGGCGAAGAAAUUAAUCUACAAAAAUAUGGAACAUCUACUCCUCCCAAGUAUGAUUUGCAGAAGAUUCCAGUGCCGAUAUCAUUAUUCGUUGGGGCUAAUGACUGGUUAGCCACACCUUUGAAUGCUGAAGAACUCUACUCAGGAAUCCAACCUUCCAUUCGUUGCGGAUACCAUGUCGUUCCAUACGAAAAAUUUAGCCACACAGACUUCCUGGUGGCCAAGGAUCUUCCUACCUUAUUAUACAAAUAUCUCUUCGAGGUAAUCAGAGAACACGACGAAGGACGCUGCGAGGCGACAACUACACGAAAUGGAUGACGAUAGCAGGAUGCUUAGGCUGUUUUUUAGAUAAUUGCCAGUUUCGAUACAACUAUUUAAUUUAUAAUUAUUGCUGACUGGAUUCUCACAGUUGAUGAUGGUCAUCUUGAAUAAAAUGAAUAAUAAUGAUAGUACGAUCGAUACGAUCGUAUAAUAUUGUGAUAUACAACCAUUAUCAUCUUGUCAAAUUAGAAUGUAUUUAUUCUAUG